GUGGAUCCCGAAUAUUCUCUCGGAUUCGGGUCUUUUCGACAGGCGUAUUUAAGGCGCUCGGCUCUGCGGACCUUUCACAGUAGUAUUCAAGCAAGCAAUACAAGCAAAACUCGACAGAAAGCGAAAACAAACGCUCGCGCCUUACGAAGUUUUUAAGUGAAUAUUAGAGCAAAAAUUAUUGUCAAUAUUUUUCAAGUGAAGUUUAUCAAAGCAAAUCAAUAAUGGCAAGAAAAGCUCCAGCAAUUGGUAUCGAUUUGGGCACUACAUACUCCUGUGUGGGUGUCUGGCAACAUGGAAAAGUUGAGAUCAUAGCCAACGACCAAGGAAACCGAACAACUCCCAGUUAUGUCGCCUUCACAGAGAACGAGCGUCUUCUUGGAGACGCUGCCAAAAACCAAGUGGCCAUGAAUCCAUCCAACACCGUCUUCGACGCUAAAAGAUUAAUUGGACGCAAGUACGACGACGAGAAAAUUCAACAAGAUAUGAAACACUGGCCGUUUAAAGUUAUCAACGACUGUGGCAAGCCCAAAAUCCAAGUCGAACACAAGGGAGAAAUUAAAAGGUUCGCUCCAGAAGAAAUUAGUUCUAUGGUCCUAACAAAAAUGAAAGAAACAGCAGAAGCAUACCUUGGCCAACCUAUUAAGGAUGCAGUUAUCACCGUUCCAGCAUACUUCAAUGACUCUCAAAGGCAAGCUACUAAAGAUGCUGGUGUCAUCGCAGGUUUGAAUGUUAUGAGGAUCAUCAACGAACCCACCGCAGCCGCAUUAGCUUAUGGUUUGGACAAAAAUCUGAAGGGUGAAAGAAAUCUGCUUAUCUUCGACUUGGGCGGUGGUACCUUCGAUGUUUCUAUCCUAACCAUUGAUGAGGGAUCUUUAUUUGAGGUGAGGGCUACAGCUGGUGACACACAUCUUGGAGGAGAAGACUUUGACAAUAGGCUGGUCAAUCAUUUGGCUGAUGAAUUUAAAAGGAAAUUCAAGAAGGAUCUUCGAUCUAAUCCUAGAGCCCUGAGAAGACUUAGAACAGCAGCUGAACGAGCCAAAAGGACUUUGUCAUCGAGCACGGAAGCUACCAUUGAAAUUGAUGCACUUUAUGAAGGCAUCGAUUACUAUACUAAAGUUACCAGAGCUAGAUUUGAAGAACUGAAUGCCGAUCUAUUCAGAGGAACUCUCCAGCCAGUUGAAAAAGCCCUUGCUGAUGCUAAAAUGGACAAGGGCUCCAUCCACGAUAUUGUUUUGGUGGGUGGAUCGACUAGAAUUCCAAAGAUCCAACAACUUCUGCAAAACUUCUUCAAUGGCAAGCAGCUUAAUUUGAGCAUCAAUCCGGACGAAGCAGUGGCGUAUGGUGCAGCAGUACAGGGAGCAGUACUAAAUGGAGUAACAGACAGCAAAAUUCAGGAUGUACUUCUUGUCGACGUCGCGCCACUUUCUCUUGGCAUUGAAACAGCUGGAGGAGUAAUGACAAAAAUCAUAGAAAGAAAUGCAAGAAUCCCAUGCAAACAAACUCAAACAUUCACCACAUAUGCAGACAACCAACCAGCAGUCACUAUUCAAGUAUUUGAGGGUGAACGACCCAUGACCAAGAAUAACAAUCUUUUGGGAACUUUCGAUUUAACUGGCAUCCCUCCAGCUCCUCGUGGUGUUCCAAAAAUCGACGUGACCUUCGAUUUGGACGCUAAUGGUAUUCUUAAUGUUUCGGCUAAAGAUACCAGCUCAGGCAAAGAACGCAAUAUCACCAUCAAAAACGACAAAGGCCGCUUAUCACAAGCCGACAUUGAUAGAAUGCUCUCCGAAGCAGAACAGUACAAAGAAGAGGAUGAAAAACAAAAACAAAAAGUGACUGCUAGAAAUCAACUGGAAGCUUACAUUUUCCAGUUGAAGCAGGCUGCACAAGAAUGCGGCGACAAGCUUAGCUCUGAUGACAAAGCCAAAGUGGAGAGAGAGUGCGAAGACGCUCUCAAAUGGUUGGACAGCAAUUCGCUAGCUGAAAAAGAAGAAUUUGAGGACAAACAAAAACAACUUACCUCAAUAUGUAGUCCGAUUAUGACCAAACUUUAUGGAGGUGGCCAGCAACAGCAAAGCAACUACGGAAUGCCAGGUAAUUGUGGACAGCAAGCAGGAGGUUUUAGUGCCUCCAAAUCAGGACCAACGAUUGAAGAAGUUGACUAAACGUUAAAUACCUCAUCUUUUAAUUUAUUAAAUUUUAGUAAUAUUUUUGUAUUUUUUGACUGAUUAUAAGUAGGUACAAGUUUAUUCAUGUUUUUGUGAUAUUAGUUGUAUUUGAUAUUUAAUAAAAACAUCUUUAUUUUUAACA